AUGCCUAAAGUUACUAGGAAACCAGAGGAACCAAGCACAGUUAUGAAACCCAACCCAAGCACAAAACAAUUAACCCUAAACACAAAAGAGAAGAAGAGGAAGAACCCCUGUCAGCCCAGGUCCAGAGGUGGUGGCAAGGUGGAAAAAAUACAGAGAAUAAAAAGACUGCUUCAUGGGAGUUCAAGAAAAAAAUCCUCUUCUACUAGUACAAAAAUUCCAAGAAAGGUGAAGAGAGUAAAAAAUUCCAAGAAAGGUGAAGAGAGUAAAAAAGGCCAAGAAGAUUUGACUAUUAAAAAGACUGAAUAG